AGUCUCAGCUAGGAAGACACGGCGCUGGAACCCAUGGACACUUCAUAUCCCCGUGAGGACCCCCGGGCUCCAUCAUCUCGCAAGGUUGGUGAUGCGGCCCACACGGCCCUCUCCAUGGGAACACCGGGCCCUACACCACGAGACCAUCUGCUCUGGUCAGUCUUCAGCACGAUCUACCUGAACCUGUGCUGCCUUGGUUUCCUGGCGCUGGUCCACUCUGUCAAGGCCCGAGACCAGAAGAUAGCUGGGGACCUGGAGGCUGCGAGGCAGUAUGGCUCCAAAGCUAAGUGCUACAACAUCCUGGCUGCGAUGUGGACAUUGGUGCCUCCAUUGCUGCUCCUCGGUCUGGUGGUGACUGGAGCCCUGCACUUAUCCCGGCUGGCCAAAGACUCUGCGGCUUUCUUCACCAUCAAGUUUGAUGAUGAGGACUAUAACUAAAAGCCCCGAGCCUGUCCUAAACCAAGGACAAGGAUGCCAGGCCACUGACCCCAGGUGCCCAACACCAGCUCCCAGGAGUUUAUGGCCUACCAUAGCACCUUGAUCCCUGCCCAACCAUGACCCCAGAGGCCAUGUGUAAUCUUGUCUACCAUGUGUAAUCGACACUGACCCACUCAGACCCUUAGACUUUACCUAGAGGGUCCUUAGCACCUGGCUUUGCCCCUUUCCCCCCUACUUACCAGGGUGAGCCUCCAUUCAUGAUUAAAGGUGGCAGAUUCCAGAA